AUAUGGGUUCAAGUUUUAGCGGAGCAGGGUAAAGGAUUUUGUCUUGGCAGCUGCAGCUAUCGGUCUAGGGUUUCUCCUUAUCGGCCGUCAAAAGAUAGUAGGUAGUCCAAUUAAGAGAAUAGGGAUGGAUUCGUUCUCAAUGCCAUCAAGCGGAUCGCCCCCGAACGUUUCAUCGGACGAUCUGGUUAAUGAGUUAAAAACUACGGUUGCCGAAUUUCAUUUUCAGCGAUUCUUCGAGACUGUGAGAGACAAAUGCUUUGAGAAAUGCAUCACCAAGCCUGGGAGCAGCUUAAGUGGGAGUGAGAGCAGUUGCGUCUCAAGGUGUGUUGAACGAUAUUCUGAGGCCACCAGCAUCAUCGGCCAAACUCUCCUCAACCAGCGCCAUUAGAACUGUGUUCCCAAUUGCUGCAUGGAGGGUGGUGUCAAGGUUUAGACUGUCUUUUUAUUAUAGAUUAUUACAACGCAUGUCAUUUCCUUAUAAUUUAAUGUUUGGAAUAUGAAUGAAUUUACUAUGGAUAAUAUAAUAUCCCUGAUUUUUCCAUAAUCAACAAGACUAUUAUUA